AACGGCGGCCCGAGCUGCAAGUCGGGUGUUUGCUGAUGGCGGGGUCCGGUGAGCUGCGGGGAUCCCUAACACCACCACCACCGCGGGAUACAUGCAGAGUUUGUCAACUCAAAAUGAAUCGUAUCAAGACGAGAAAGGAGCACUGGAAAGCUAGGGCUGCAUCCAUCAGUUAGUGAGCACAACUUUCGACUGCGACACAGAACCUCUACCUUCGCAAACGAUGGCAAGUCCGAACGGCACAAGUUUCAUACUCGAGUCGGGAGCCCAAGGGCUCGCCAACUACCCGCAUGCGCGCACCAUUCCCAGCACGGCCAAAACAAUUUUCGUCUCGGGCAUCUCGAGCCGGCGACCGGACGGCACGUUUGAAGGCUGCGUGGUGAAGCCGGAUGGGACGUAUGAGCUGGAUUGCGGCGCGCAGACAGCGGCGGUGCUGCGCAACAUCGAGACCGUAAUUCGGGGAGCCACUGACGGCCGCGGAGGACUCCAGAACGUUGUCGACGCGACAGUGUUCCUCACAGACAUACGACGCGACUAUGCCGCCAUGAACGCCGAGUGGAACAAGAUCUGGCCAGACCGCUGCAAGGCGCCGGCACGCACGUGCGUUCAAGUCGCAGCGCUGCCGAACGAGAAGAUUCUGGUUGAGAUCAAGUGUCAGGCGGUGGUUUCCGAGUGAGCCAAGAAACUGCUCCUGGCAAUAAUCAUAACGGGCUGCGUUCUGCAUGUGGAGCAAAAACGUUUGGCGUUUGGUGGAACCACAUUGGUGAAGGAAAGAGCAGCCUCUGGGGAGAGUUAGCGAGAGUUUGGGACAUGGGAGUCCUUGAUACCACCCUGAUUUGCAGGCGUGUAUCAGUCAAACGCAGAAAUGGUACUGGUAUGUUAUAGGAUGAAAAUCUGAUGACGAUUCCUGAAAAUUCUGGAAUAUUUUUU